AUGACCACGACCACCCCCGCCCGCCCGCAGGCCUCCUCACUCUAUCUGAUCGGCACCAGCGACGAAAUCUACGAGAACGACAUUCUGCGCAGUCCCGGCAGCAUCAAGCCCUGGCUCGAUUAUGCGCAGUUCAAGCGGCAAUAUGGCACGUUGCUCGAGCAGAGCUUCGUCCUGGAGCGCGCAGUCGCCGCUCUGCCGCGAAGCUACAAGCUAUGGAAGAUGUACCUGCACUUGCGCACCACACAUCUGAAUGGAAAGAGUCCUGCACGACAUGUGACCGAGUUUCAAAAGGUCAAUGCGCUGUUCGAGCGGGCGCUGGUGCUGCUGAACAAGAUGCCGCGCAUCUGGGAGAUGUACCUCACUUUCCUCUGCCAGCAGCCGCUCGUCACCUUCACCCGGCGGACAUUUGACCGCGCGCUGAGAGCAUUGCCGCUGACUCAACACCACCGGAUAUGGAAGCUCUACCGCCCCUUCGCCAAUUCAGCCGGCGGCGACACGGCGGUCAUGAUAUGGCGAAGGUAUGCUCAGAUCCACCCGGAGCAUGUCGAAGAGUUCAUUGAGGUGUUACUACAAGAGCAGCACUAUUCUGAGGCAGUGCAACGAUACAUGGAGAUCCUGAACAACCCAAGAUUCAAGUCGAAGGAGGCCAAGGGACCAUUCCAGCACUGGACCGAGAUGUUGGAGCUGUUGAUAGAUCAUGCGCGGCAAGUACCCAGCCCGAUACCGCUCGAGAAUGGCAGUACCAUGUCUGUCGAGACGAUCAUCCGAUCCGGCCUGCAGCGAUUCCCCGACCAGCGAGGCAUCUUGUGGGUUGGUCUGGCGAGGUACUACAUCAAUCUCGGUGCUUAUGAACGGGCGCGUGACAUUUUCGAAGAGGGCAUCACCACGGUCAUGACUGUGCGAGACUUCAGUGUGGUUUUCGACACAUAUGCGGAAGCCGAAGAAGCGCUGAUAAGCAUCAAGCUGGAGGAGUCUGCCGCCCGCCAACAGAAAGGCAAGGUGGAUGCAGAUGCUGACACCGACUUGGACAUUCGGAUGCUGCGAUUCGAGCAACUCAUGGAUCGCCGCCCGUUCUUGGUCAACGAUGUGCUGCUGCGGCAGAACCCGCACAACGUGCCUGAGUGGCAGAAGAGAGUUGCAUUAUGGGGCGACAAUAGCGCCAUGGUGGUGCAGACAUACACUGAUGCGAUUGCCGCUGUGGGUCCAAAGAAGGCCGUCGGGCGCUUUCACGAGCUGUGGACAAAUUACGCAAAGUUCUACGAAGCCGGUGGCGACCUUCGAAAUGCACGGAUCAUCAUGGAGAAGGCAAUAAAAGUUCCGUACAAGUCAGUGUCGGAGCUGGCAGAGAUGUGGACGGAGUGGGCGGAGAUGGAGCUGCGAAACGAGAAUUUCGAUCAGGCCGUCAACAUCAUGGCCACGGCAACGAAGGCUCCGAAGCGAAGCAAUGUCGACUACUUUGACGAGACGCUCAGCCCACAGCAGCGCGUGCACAAGAGCUGGAAGCUGUGGUCGUUCUACGUUGAUCUCGUGGAAUCAGUGUCCAGCCUGGACGAGACGAAGAAGGUGUAUGAGCGCAUCUUCGAGCUUCGGAUUGCGACACCGCAGACCAUCGUCAACUAUGCCAAUCUGCUCGAAGAGCAAGGUUAUUAUGAAGAGAGCUUCAAGGUCUACGAGCGCGGGCUUGAUCUGUUCUCCUACCCCGUGGCCUUCGAACUCUGGAAUCUCUACCUUACGAAAGCCGUGGACCGGAACAUCAGCAUUGAACGACUGCGAGACCUAUUUGAGCAAGCGGUGGAUGAAUGCCCGCCGAAGUUCGCCAAGACGCUCUACCUCAUGUAUGGUGCUCUGGAAGAGGAACGAGGAUUGGCACGGCAUGCCAUGCGCAUUUACGACCGAGCAACACGAGCUGUCGCCGACGAAGAUCGCACCGAGAUGUUCGAAUUCUACAUCACCAAGUCUGCAUCCAACUUUGGCCUCACGUCGACCAGAUCCAUCUACGAGCGAGCCAUCGCUGCUUUACCGGACAAAGAGGCUGCAGCCAUGUGCGUCAAGUUUGCUGAGAUGGAGCGGCGGCUUGGUGAGAUUGAUCGGGCGCGUGCAAUCUGGGGACACGCGAGCCAAUUCUGCGACCCACGAGUGGAGCCUGGAUUCUGGCGGAAAUGGGAGCAAUUUGAAGUGCAGCACGGUAAUGAAGAGACGUUCAAGGAGAUGCUGCGCAUCAAGCGGUCGGUGCAGGCUCAGUUCAAUACGGACGUCAACUUCAUUGCUAGCCAGGCCGUUGCGAGACAGCAGCAGCAGGAGCAGGAACAGCAGAAUGGCGACGCCGGUGAAGGUGGUGAGGAGGAGGAGAUGAGCGGGCGCAAGGCGGAUGCAAUGGCGGCUUUGGAGAGGCAAGCGAGGGCUCCGAUGGGUUUUGUGGCUGCAAGCAGUGGUCCGGAUGGUGGCAAUAGGCCGAAAGCGCAGGAGGGCGAGACGAACGGUGCUCCGGCGGUGAAGAAUGAAAACGAGGUGGAUAUUGAUGGAGAUUUGUGA